AUGUCAAAGGUUGAAGAAACUGUGGAGAAGGUAUCUCAAAAUUCUUCCGCCUACGUCGAGUCUGGCGAAGUCUACGAACCAACCGGUUCUGCUCCAAAGACUGGAAAAUGGCAAUCAUUCAAGGAAUCUUUCAGGCCUGCUGAUUUUGGCGACAUUGACCCAAAUCUCAGUGAUGCCGAAAAGGCUGCUAUUGCCACUGCCAACUCUCCUUUGAGUAGAUCGUUGAAAGGACGUCACUUGCAGAUGAUUGCCAUUGGAGGCUCCAUUGGUACUGGUCUCUUCGUUGGAUCUGGAACUGCCCUUAGAACUGGAGGACCGGCCGGUGUUCUUAUCGGUUGGAUUCUGGUAGGAACCAUGAUCUACUGUACCGUCCAGGCACUUGGUGAACUGGCUGUCACUUUCCCUGUUUCUGGUGGUUUCUCUACAUACUCUACUCGUUUUAUCGACCCUUCGUGGGGAUUUGCUAUGGGUUACAACUACGCUCUCCAAUGGCUAGUUGUUUUACCUCUGGAACUGGUUGCUGCUUCUAUUGUACUGAAAUACUGGCCUGGGGCUAAAAAAGUAAACUCAGAUGCUUUUGUGGUGAUAUUUUACGUUCUAAUUCUGGCUAUCAACUUUUUCGGUGUCAAGGGCUACGGUGAGGCAGAGUUUGUAUUCUCCAUCAUCAAGGUGCUUGCUAUCGUUGGAUUUAUCAUUCUGGGAAUCAUACUGUGUGCCGGUGGAGGUCCAGUCGGUGGUUACAUCGGUGGUAAGUACUGGCACAAUCCAGGUGCUUUUGCCGCUGGUUUCAAGGGUGUUUGCUCUGUCUUCGUGACAGCUGCCUUCUCCUUUGCUGGUACCGAAUUGGUUGGUCUUGCUGCUGCCGAGUCUGCCAACCCAAGAAAGACUUUGCCAAGUGCCACCAAGCAAGUGUUCUGGAGAAUCACCCUUUUCUACAUCAUUUCGCUCACUCUGAUCGGAUUGCUCGUUCCAUACACAUCCGACCAGCUCAUUGGUGCUUCUUCCUACGAUGCCUCCGCUUCUCCUUUCGUCAUUGCUAUCAAGAAUGCUGGUAUCUCUGGACUUCCAUCUGUCAUGAACGUUGUCAUUCUGGUUGCCGUUCUUUCUGUCGGAAACUCGUCUGUUUACGGUUGCUCCCGUACACUUGCUGCCCUCGCCCACCAAGGUCUGGCCCCUAAGGUUGUUGGUUACAUCGACAGAGAAGGAAGACCUUUGGUUGGUAUUCUGAUCACCAUGGUGUUUGGUCUUCUGUGUUUCAUUGCUGCUUCGCCAAAGGAGGGCGAUGUCUUCACCUGGUUGCUUGCGUUGUCCGGUCUUUCUUCUGUCUUUACAUGGGGUUCCAUCUGUUUCUGCCACAUCAGAUUCAGAUCUGCUCUUUACUCCAAGGGCCGUGGCCUUGAUGAGCUUCCUUUCACCGCACAGGCCGGUAUCUGGGGUUCCUGGUACGGAUUUUUGCUUAACGUUCUGAUCUUGAUUGCUCAGUUCUGGGUUGCCCUCUGGCCUAUUGGAGCCUCUCCAGAUGCCGAGGUGUUCUUUGAGUCAUACCUUGCUGCUCCAGUCGUGUUGGUGUUCUACAUUUUCCACAAGCUCUGGAAGAAGAACUGGAAAUUGUACGUCACCAACGACGAGAUGGACAUUGACAGCGGCAGAAGAGAGGUUGACCUUGAUCUGCUCAAACAGGAGGUGGCCGAGGAGAAGGCCUUUAUUGCCUCCAAGCCAUUCUACUACAGAGCCUACAAGUUCUGGUGUUAG